AUGGAGAGAAGUGGCAACUCAAGUCCAAGCACCUCUUCUGGAAAAAAAACCACAAUGCUUUUCAUCAAUACUUUAAAGGCCCCGUUCAUCACUCAUAUGUUGGGAAGCGCCACUAAAAGCUUCUCAGAUAUAGUGAUGACCGGUGAAAUGAUUGAAAAUGGAGUAAGAAAUGGUAAAAUAGAUGCAGGGGAAAACUUUAAAAAAUCGACUUCGAGGAAGAAAGAAGGCAAGGUAAAUAAUGUGAGUACAUACAACAAGGGAUAUUCAAAGCCAAUCACUGUUGGUUCACCAAGGACGGUAGCUACCAGUCAUCAAGGCCCUCCGAGGCAGGAGUCCAAUUUGAGGUCAAAAAGACCCCAGUUUACACCUAUCCCGAUAACGGAUAAGGGGCAUUCGAUUAAGAAUUGUACUGCAUUCAAGAAGGUGGUCGAAAGACUCAUCAAAAUGGGUAUUGUAAAAUUAGAUGACCCCUCCGGUCCAAAUGUAGCAGGAAACCCGUUGCCCGAUUAUACGGAUAAAGGGGUAAAUGCGAUAGCCGAUGAUGGAAGUAAGAGAAUUAAGGCAGAUGUGAUGGAGGUAAGAACCCCAUUGAAAUGUGUUUGGGAACAGAUGGUAUGUAGGGGUCUAAUCACUCAAGUUUUAGACGAAAGGCCUAAAGGGGCAGGAAUAUACUGUGAGUUCCAUGCCAAGAAAGGUCAUAAUAUCCAAGAAUGUGUAGAGUUCAAGACCAUGGUACAAAAUCUAAUGGACAAUAAAGAGAUAGAGUUUUAUGAAGAAUUCAAGGAAUUUGAAGAAAGAGAGAUCUGCGCCUCAGAGGAAGGACCCAUAGAAAGGUUCCAGAAGGUCAAUCACCCAGUGGUGAUUAUUUCACGGCCAAUGAGCAAUGAAGCAGGGAUACAAAUACCACCGAAACUCAUAAUCCAAAAACCAGUACCCUUUUCCUAUAAGGAUAACAAAAAGGUUCCUUGGAAUUAUGACUGUAACGUGACAAUACCAGGAGAGGGGAACCCGAUAAAUGUUUCAGAAGAGAGUAAUGAUGAUGGAUUCUACACACGUAGUGGAAAGCGUUACGAUCCAGCAACUUCAAAAACAGAGCCUGUAAAAGGAAAAGCCUUGGUGGUCGAACGAAAGAAGGAAAAGGCGGUCCGAAUUGAAUCACCUGUCAACGAGCCAGUAACGGAGAAUGAAGUUAGGGAGUUUCUAAAGUUCUUAAAACACAGCGAAUACAGUGUCGUAGAGCAGUUACAUAAACAACUAGCUCGUAUCUCAGUACUAGUGUAA